GACGUUUCUCAGGAGUAUGGCGGACUGGAAUAGAGGUCAUGGCUCUGUGGACGACAUGCUGGAUGCUGAGAACAAACGAAUCACCAACAAUUUGGCCACCAAGGUCUCCAGACUGAAAUCUCUGGCCUAUGAGAUUGACCGAGAGGUCGACGACCAGAACGACUACUUGGACGGCAUGGACUCCAACUUCCUGAGCGCCACGGGCUUGCUGAGCGGCAGCGUGAAGCGUUUCUCCACCAUGGUUCGAUCUGGCAGAGACAACCGCCGCCUCCUCUGCUACGUCUCCUUGGGGCUGGUCCUCGUCUUCUUCCUUCUCUAUUACCUGGUCUCCAGGAUCCAGCGCUGACCCGGGUGGGGAGCUCAGGCUGUAGACUGGAACACUGUACAUAGGAUUAAAUAAUCUCAGCUUUUCACUCAGCACCAAAGUGGACGUUGAAGGAAAGUAUUUAGGUGAGCUGCUGUACAGCUCACUGGUGAAAUCCAUUUCCCAAAGGUUCCUGGACUGUUUGAGGGGGGG